AUGCUUGCUAAAGUGGAUGAAAAGCAGUAUGAAGCUUCCGAGAAGGAGGCUUACAACGAAGGUUGCUUAGAGGUUGUUGCUAACGAAGAUUUAUCUUCUGAAUCAAUAACUUCUAUCAGUCCCAAUCCUUUUUCAGAUCCUAAAGUUGCAAAAUAUUAUGAGGAAGUAUAUGAAGGUUGCAAAUAUGAAUGCAGGGAAGCUUUUGACCCUCUGUUUGAAUGGGAUAUUCAAGAGGAAUCCAAGCUACGUAAACGACUUGAUGUUAGAGUGGCCUUGGUUUCCUGCGUAAUGUUUGUCGCAUUGCAAAUAGAUAGAGGAAACUUAGCACAAGCUGUAAGUGAUAAUAUGUUAGAUGAUUUGAAUCUCACUACAGCUGACUACAAUUUAGCCAAUACUGUUUUUUCCGUAUCAUUUCUUGCAGCCGAGCUUCCCUCUCAAUUGAUUUCGAAAUGGCUCGGUCCCGACAGGUGGAUCCCUACUCAAAUGAUAUUAUGGUCUAUUGUUGCAACAUCACAGGCUGCUUUGAGAGGACGCAGUUCUCUACUUGUAUGUCGGUCUUUGAUAGGAAUUUUGGAGGGAGGAUUCAUUCCUGAUUUGGUGUUGUGGCUAUCAUACUUUUAUACUUCUAGGGAGUUGACGCUAAGACUAUCUUGGUUUUGGACCACAUUGUCACUAACGCAAAUUGUCACUGCACUUUUAGCAGCAGGAAUCUUGAAUAUGCGAGGAAUAGCUGGCUGGGCAGGAUGGCAGUGGCUCUUCUUGAUAGAAGGUCUUAUUACUUUAUUGAUCGGCAUUGCUUCUAUAUUCUUAAUGGUGCCGUCUGCUGCUCAGACAAAGGCACCUUGGAGACCUAACGGUUGGUUUGAUGAGAGAGAAGUGAAAAUUGUUGUCAAUCGCGUCUUGAGGGAUGAUCCAUCAAAAGGUGAUAUGAGCAACAGACAAGCACUUACGCUUGGAAUGAUAUGGAAAUCUUUAAGUGACUACGAUCUUUGGCCAAUCUACAUUAUUGGCUUUUUGGCGUACAUUCCUACCCAAACAGCUAACACAUAUUUAACUUUAACUUUGAGGCUGCUAAAUUAUACAACUUUCCAGACUAAUUUAUUGACGAUUCCUCCGACAGUUAUACAUAUUAUUACUUUGCUACUAAUAACAUGGCUAUCCGAAAGACUUAAUGAAAGGUCUAUUGUUUCUCUCCUUGUUCCUAUGGUUCAGAUACCGCUAAUUGCAGUUUUGCGAUGGUGGAAAGGAAGCAUGAUUAAUUCGUGGGGCACAUGGGCGGUGUGUACUUUAUUUAUUGGAUUAUCACCAUAUAUUCAUGCUAUCUGUGUCUCUUGGGCUUCCAGAAACUCCAACAGUAUUAGAUCUCGUUCUGUUUCUGCUGCUCUUUACAACAUGUUUGUACAGGUAGGUUCAAUCGUCGCUUCUAAUAUUUAUAGACCCGAUGAUGCUCCUUUAUAUCAUAGAGGAAACCUUAACUUAUUCAUUCUUUCAGUAGCUAUGAUACCUUUGUUGAUAAUGACAAAAGCAUAUUAUGUUUUCGCAAACAAACGAAGAGAUAGAAAGUGGAAGGAAAUGACAGUUGAGGAAAGAGAGCAAUAUGUUAAUUAUAGCACUGAUCAAGGUAACAAAAGAUUGGAUUUCAGAUUCGAUUCAUGA